AUGCAAGUCCGAGUCCGUCGGUAUCGCAGCCGAACAGGCCUCGAUGAGGCAGUGUGUGCAUUGGUGCUGUCGGUGCAUGCGUGCAUCCUGUCUGUACCCUCUUGUGCUUAUCGGCGUGUUGGCGUUGCCGGAGUCAAGUCCCACCAGACGCCAAUCGAGACGCGGCCAGUCCGAGCCUCUCUCAGGGACUCUACCGAUGCGGCUGCCAGCGCUACUAUUGGGCCACACACACACACAUACAUACAUACACACACAAAGGCGUAG